CCUUCGCCGGAAAGGGAAGGCCCAAUACGCCCACUGAAGUGGCAGAAACGCUACUUUAAAGCGUCUGAGCUGAGCCAUUCAUUCGGGAAUAGCCGGACUUCGGUCAGGCAACCACCUGAAAUCCUUCAACGAUGGCGGACAAACAUAUCAAUCCGACCUUGGAACCGAUAUUCUACUUCGUUGCCGUCUCGCUUGAUUCCAUUCAGCGGGGCUUUAAUGCUGUCCCAGGCUCAGGUGUUCUUGUUCGAUAUGUUAAAUCCUCGCAUCAGAACGAUCCCUUCCGCACCUUACUGGAACUUUGCCUUUUUAUCUUCGCUGUCUGGACUCUCGUUCAAUCUCGUACGCGCGCAGACCGAGGCGGGAAACAUUUUAUUCGAUUCUCUGAACAGGAAAUUGAUGAACUCGUGGAAGAAUGGACUCCGGAGCCUCUCGUCUCACCGCUCACUGAGCAGGAACAAAUGGAUCUUGAUUCGAUUCCGGUCGUCGUUGGUCAUCCCGGACCCAAGCCCAAGCUUCAGAGCACGGGAAAGACGCUUACAAAUUUGUCAAGUUAUAAUUUUGCCGGGCUAGCGGGGAAUGAGGCUAUCAAGCAACAUGCUGUCAAAAUUCUGCGGAAGCAUGGCCUGGGUGCAUGUGGUCCCCCCGGAUUCUAUGGAACCGUUGAUGUCCACAUUGACCUCGAACGCAACAUUGCUCAAUUCCUCGGGACCGAGGAUGCAAUCAUUUAUUCCCAAGGCUUCUCCACCAUCUCAUCCGUCAUCCCGGCCUUUUGCAAACGGGGUGACAUUAUUGUCGCCGACCGUGGUGUCAAUUUUGCCAUUCACAGGGGCAUCCAAAUCUCGCGCUCUACGGUCAGGUGGUACGAUCACAAUGACAUGAGCAGUUUGGAGGAGGUAAUGAAUAGCGUGGUGAAGGAGAUGAAGAAAAAGAAGAUGCCGCUCGCGAGACGAUUUAUUAUCACUGAAGGGAUCUUUGAGAAUGACGGCGCUAUGUCUGAUUUACCGAAACUUGUUGAAUUGAAGGAGAAGUUCAAGUACAGAUUGCUCCUCGACGAGAGCAUCUCGUUUGGGACUAUGGGACGAACUGGUCGUGGCUUGACGGAACUGUACAACGUUUCAGCAGGCAACAUCGACCUUAUCGUUGGUUCCCUCUCAAAUACCUUAUGCGGCACUGGAGGUUUCUGUGCUGGUUCAGAAGUCGCUGUAAAGCACCAACGCAUUAAUGGCUCUGCAUUCGUCUUUUCUGCUUCAAUGCCUCCACUACUUGCGACUACUGCAUCCGAAGGGAUCAAUAUCCUCACCUCCACGCCUUCCAUCCUCACAGCCCUGCACACGAACAUCCUCGCCAUACGCUCAGUGCUCAACAGGCUGGAGUGCGUCACAAUACCUUCUCAUCCUCAUAGUCCUAUUAUCCAUAUUUGUAUCCGAUCGCCAUUGGACUCUUCAACUUCCAAUCGAUCCCUAUUGUCACCCGAUGCUGCAGGACCUAAAAUAGCCCUGGAGCGCGUGUCAAAUCCCGCCUCGCUCGCCCCUCGUGAACCGCACUACUUUGACAUCCCAACGGAGGAGAAGCUCCUACAAGACGUUGUAGAUGAGUGUCUCUCGCAAGGGGUACUGGUCACUCGUGCGAAGCGGCUGAGAGGCCAAGAGUCACUUGACCCCAGGCCCAGUUUGAAAAUCUGUGCAACUGCAGCGUUGAGCAAGAAGGACACAGAGAAAGCCGCAAAUGUCCUGAAGAACGCCCUUUCCAAAGUAAUAGGCAAACGUUGAUGGCUGAGGUUUGCUUCAUUCUUACCGUCGUCAUUCGUAAUUCGUUUUCUGUGCCCGCCAGUGUUUAUUCUACCCUACGAUGAAUCAUCAUUAGAUUUGCUUCACGAUCUCCUCCACUUGGUCGAGUAUUGAAAGGACAGCUUAAAUAAUUGCCUGGAUGAUUGCCGUCUUAUCCAUGUUCUUCAAACUGAUAACUGAAUUAUUGGGUAUC